AUGAAAAAACAAGGGAAACCCGCGAAACGUUUGGGAAGAGCGCGACCCACAGUCCAACAGCCUCUGCCAGAUACCACCUGUGAUGUAACGCCAGGACUUCAAGCUUCUGCAAAUUCGACAGGAUCAAUUCCUAGCUCGACACAGAAUGUUGGAUUUGACAGUUUACCAAACGCGACCGGACCAACUUUCAGCGCUAAUUACAUGGCCCAAUCUUCAUCAAUUCCGCCAAAUGGCCAUGUCUUAGCCCCUGUCUCCUCUCGAAAAGUAGUGCUAGAUGAAUUCACAGUUUUCAGAAAAGUUCCAAGAGAGAUCCAACUGAUGAUCUGGGAAAAGGCCGUCGAUUUAAAUCCGCGAAAUGUUCCAGUUAGAAUCAUGCCACAAUUAGGCCCGGGAGGAUUCAAGUUUCGAACCGACAUUCCCAUUCCAGAGGGCUUCAUGGCGUGUAAAGAUUAUUACGAGGCGGCCAGAAAACGCUACAGUCUAUUGGAUGACCGCCUGAAGGCUAACGACAUGUCCAUGGUGCAACAUCUUCCAUCUAACUUCUGGUUCAAUCCCGCGAUCGAUAGAUUUUGUCCAGUUCAGAAGUGGAGCCCUCAUAACUUUGAAGUUGGUCUCAAACUUUUCUUUCAAAUCCUUCAAGUUUCGAGAAUUGCAAUUAAUGAUUACGCAACCGAUGAUGCACGCUAUGAGUCGGAUACCCCACUUUAUGACCAUCCCCCUUUUGGGCCACUAUUCACACCAAAAAUGGCAUUUUUAACUUUCUUAUUUAUGAAUAGAAUUUAA